AUGAGUGAUACCGAGCAGAAAGACACUACAACGAGAACAGAAGAUCUCAACGUGGACAAUCUAGUACUACACAAUAACAACAAAAAUAAUAAUACCGAUAUCGCCAAUCCAGUGAGCAAUAUACCACCAUUGGAUACGAACCCUGGCGUCAAGGAACACAAGAAAGAAAGCUCGCCUAUUAGGAGAUCUAAGGAAGACGACGAAGAAAGUGCAUUGACAAACAUCGAUUAUACUAAUCAGGAAGUCAGUGAAGAAUUGAGUCGUAAUUUGAAUCUGUCGGACUAUUGCAUAUCUAGUGACGCAGACACGGAGAAGAUGGAUAGUGAUACUAAUGAAAAUGGUGGGUUUCCUCCAAGAUUAUCUGCUUUGAUUCCGGAUGAACCUGAGUCCGUUGAAGAACCUGUUGAAGAAGAAAAGAGUGAAGUUGUCGAGGAAGACUCUAGUAAUAAGAGGUCAUUUGAAGAGACUGAAAUAGAAAAAGAGAACAAGAAACUGAAAGUCGAUCCUUUACCAGAGACCACUAUACCACAGACAGAGCAAGAAGAUCAUAACGACGAACAUAACGAAGUUGGAAAUGAAGGUGAUGAAGAAGAGGAUGCUCUUGAUGACGAAGAAGAGGAUGAAGUCGAUGAUUCCAAGAUUACUCCAAAGUUGGAUGAAUCGACAAAUAUGGAUGGAUCAACAAAGGAAACCUCUUCGACUGAUAUAGUUCCUGUAACGAACAAUGAUGAAAAUGUCCUCGACACGCCAAAAGUUGAGGUGGAAGUGGAAACGAAUAAAGAUCUUGACUUGGAGAAUACGAGCCAUGUUUCUGAAUCUGAAGUUUUGGAAACACCUUCCAAUAAUUCCACUACCAAUGAUACAAUCACUACUGUAGUGGCAGGGCCUAAUGAUACUGUCGAAGAUAGUACAGAUAUAAAGGAAGAGAAGGAUGACGAGGAACCUGAGGAGGAAGAGCAAGAUGCUGAGGAUGAGGAUGAAGCCGAAGACGAAAUAGAUGAAGAAGAAGAAAACACCGGCGAUAGUGAGCAAACGAGACAAGAUGCAUUGACCGAUAUAACUGCGAUCGAGUAUCAGUUUGCUGAAUUAAGACAGAAAUUGUAUGAGACUAAACUUUAUAAGUUAGAAUUGGAAUUACAAAUGUGUCUUGAAGGUUCUCAUCCAGAAUUACGUGGUUAUUAUGAGAAAAUUGCCAGUAUCAGAGAUUAUAAAUUACGCCGUGCAUAUCAAAGGCAGCGUUAUGAAUUGAAAUGUAUCGAUACAGAGACGCGUGCGACAAGGACGUUUAUCCAUCAAGGUUAUCACAAGAGAAUGUGUGAUACAAAGAAUAAACUUUUGGACAACACUACUCAAAGAUGGUACGAUAUCAACAAAGAGAGGCGUGAUAUGGAUAUAGUGGUUCCCGAAGUACAUUACCAUGUCCCAAUAAAGACCGCUGAUAAGACACUAAGUUGUAUCACGGGAUAUGCUGGGCCUGCCAGAUUAUUAUUGCCUGGAGAACCCAUCAGCGAGGACUUACAAUGUGAGAAUAUUGAAUUUAAAUACAGGAAUAACCCAGUAGAUAAAUUAGAGGUGAUAGUGGACCGUAUGAGAUUGAAUAAUGAGUUGAGUGAUUUGCAAGGUCUGAAGAAGUACUAUCACGGGUUCCCCGGCGCACCUUCACUCAACAGUCUCAGGGAUUCCGAGAUCAACGACGAUUUCGAGGCGUUGCAGCAGCAGUUGCAACGGCUCCAACAUCCACAAGCGUUACAAUCGCCUCCCCAGUAA